CGCCCCCAACUUGAGCAAGCCAAAUUCCCUUCCCUAUCACGCGAGAGAGAGAGAGAGAGAGAGAUGGGAGAGGAGGAGACGAAGAGGAGGGUGGUGGAGUCGCUGGGAUGGCUAACGGAGUCGUCGAUAAUGCCGAAGAAGCACAGGGCCAUAGAGGGCGUCGGGGCCUCCUCCAUCAUGGAGCUGAAGGCUCAUCUCUACAAGUCCCAGGAGGAGUCCAAGAAGACCAAGGACCCCGACGCCCUCUCCUUCCACCGCGCCAAGCCCACCAAGAUCUCCGACUCCUUCUCCGUCAAGAACUCCGGCGUCGAAGCCCGCGCCCACAAGGACAAACUUGAGCUGAAAGCAGUUAAAGAUGGAUCAGCCAGCUAUGCGGCAUUAGAGAGGAAGGCCCAAUUAUAUGAUAAGCUAGUUAGGGGAGAGCUAUCGGAUGAAGAAGAUAAGGAGAAGUAUUGUGUGGAUUUCUUCCGCAAGAACAAUGUGCAGGAUGAAUCACAGCCCCCUCAGGACCAAGAUACUUCUGCCACGGUGCCGCCAGAGAGUGAAGAUGGUGAGAAUAAUGCCUCUUUCUUGUUUAAUACAAAACCUUUGGGGCUGGGGCGGACUGCUGGAACACUCAACAAUGAUGAACACAAGCGUUUUGUGAGGGAAGUUCAUGAGGAGGCAAAUCAAGCGAGAGAAAAGGCUUCUGAGCUCAAACUGCGCCGGCAAGAGCAAGCAGCAGCUCGUCGUGAGAAACUGAAACAGGCGUAUUUAAAGAAACGGCUGGAGAACCUCAAAGCUGCACAGACAUGAUCAGAUGUUUUUGUUAGUUGCUCUAGACUUUACCAGCUCAAGCAUGUGGCAGUUUCAUGGGCCCUUCACGUUCAUUUUAUGGUGAAAAGUAGAUUUUUUUAUGGAAUUCACUCCAUCAAAUCUUCUGUGUAUAUUUUUCAAUUUGUUUUUUACUUGUGUACAUUACAGUGUUUUAUAGUAUGAAUUCUCGAUUAUCACCCUUUAGCCAAAUCCGAAAGGAAAUGAAGAUAAACACAUCCACAUGCAGUA